GACAUGGCUGUGAUCUCCUUGCCUGUUCUCCGUCUCCCUGGGCCUGCACUCCAAAAAUCUCUGAAACAAAUGAGCCUGAUAGAACAAGUAUCAUUAUCACUUCUCUCAAACAAUGCAAAGCGACUUAUUACAAUGCUAAACGAAUAUCAUCAACGGGCCACUAUUUUUUUACGGACUUCGUCGUCCAUUGAAGUAUGGCUAUAUACGAGUUUGAAUCAAAAUUUUAAAUUUGUCCUCAAAGCCGAUGAAUCGACGAACAACAUAGAAAUACGUCAACUUACAAAUCACCGCUACGAAUCUACUAUGCUCAAUAUGUCAGGGCUCACUUUGAAACAGUGGGUCGAGCAUGUUGUUCAUGUAUUCUUUCAAGAAAAGGGUGUAAUUCUGAGUUUGCUAAAUUCCACGGAGAUAUGUGUCGAAGAAAUUUGGCAUCUUUUGGAUGGAAUUAAAAUUGCUCAACUAGAAAUUGACCCUCAUCAAGUUCAAGAUUGUCUCGUUCUCAAACGAUUUUCCUUUGUGGAAGAAUUAUCAGUCUCUAGCAGAUUCCCAACUCCUAAAUUAAUUCUCACUGCUGGCUUUAAGCAUCUGGAACUUCACCAUGUUCGAGUGACACUUCAUGAUCUACUAUUGCUCAACUGCUCACAUUUCACGAUCUUCUACAGUUUUCCGGAGAAAGAUCUGAAUCUCUUCCUGAAACAAUGGAUCAGAGGAUCCAACCCUCGUCUGCAAUCAUUUCGUUAUCUGUUCAACAACUUUAAUAAGGCCCGACUUGCCUUUUUGGACGGAAUCUAUUAUAUUGAAAUAAGAGAUAAGAAACUUAUAAAUGAUAGAAAAUGCGAAAUUGAGAGAUACGAUGGGAAAAAGGCUGUAAUCACGGUGUGCUCGGUGUGGAUAUCGAUGGAAUGUUGA